AUGGACAUGGCCGCCAUGGCUGCCCUUUCGGGUGACCAUCGUCCUCCCGGCCGCAAUGCGCCAAUCCCGUUUCCUCUCUCCAGCUUCAACAAGUCCAAGCCCCAGUCCCCCGACCUGUCGUCUCUUGCCCUCGCGGCUGAUGUCAAGACGAGGGCGCUCGCUGCGAGGGACCCCAAUGUGCGCCCAAUCCAUCCUUUCGCCACGGCACGCUCGGCUGGCUCUAACAAUGAGCGCAGCUGGCCUGCUAUCACCGACACCAUCACAGUUGAGCUGGACAUCUGGAGCCCUACCGACUGUUGUGCGCCGAGCCCUGCGACCUUUGGACCGCCCUGCCAGGCCGACGACACCAUGCAGCUUGACACCCCAAACAUACCUCAUACGCGCAUCAAGUUUCCUAGUCGGGUCAAUCCCCAGUGUGCUAAUUCGUUCUCCGUCUUUCAAGACAACUGCAGGUAUGAGCAUCCUCGCGCCAAUGGCUCCGCCAGCGCGAACCCCUUCAGCGUGCUCUCGGGCAAUUCCAACAACAAUAUCAACAACAACCGCGGCGGAUUUGGAAGACAACAGGCAGCACAGCCCAACCAAUUCUCGUUGAGCAAGGACACAAUACAGAAAGAUCUCACAGAGGAGAGGCCAUCAUGGAUCCUGUCGGCAUACGGCCCUGGCCGCGAUGCGCCCGAGCAGCUCUGGGGCGGAUACCCCAUCGAGCAGAGCUUCGAGGAGAUGAGACUGCAUUACAUGAUGGGAGAGGCGUCAGGCAAUGCGCAGGGAGCGCUUACUGAGAUCCAAGGCCUCUGGGGACAGGCGCAGGGAAAGCUUCAAAGCGCACUCGGCAACCUUGAUGGAGCUAUUGACUUCAUCCUACAGUCGCAGAAUACCCACCCAAACCGCCACGACGUCUGUCAGGCGAACUCGUCGACGAGCACUGGCGAGUUCAGCAAGAGCCCCGUAGGCCUACAGCCCAGCCAGCCCGCCAAUGCCUUCUCCGCCCCGCCAGCUGGCGGCGCUUUUGGUCAACCGUCAGCGCUUGGACAAAGUGCGAACCCCUUCAGCACCGCCGCCGCCGGGGCCAGUGGGAGCUCCCCAUUUGCGCAGACCGCUGCGCCAGCCCAACCUUCAGCGUUCGGCCAGCCAUCGGCUUUAGGAGGCGGUACCAGCGCGUUCGGCCAACCGUCGACGCUCGGCGGCGGGAGUGCUUUUGGCCAGCCUUCGGCCCUUGGCGGCGGCAGCGCGUUCGGGAAACCCUCGGCUCUUGGCCAAACCGGAGGUACUGGCUUCGCCCAGACUGGAGGAACCGGCUUCGGCCAAACCGCAGGAACUGGCUUCGGCCAGACCUCAGCAAUGGGCCAGUCUACCAAUCCCUUCGGUGCUCCCAGCUUUGGUCAACCUGCUCAGCCGUCCCAACCUGGGCCAUCUGCUGGCGGCUUCGGACAGCCUUCACAGCUAGGGGCGAAACCGAAUCCGUUCUCGACUGGCGGUACCGCGGCCUCUGCCAGUCCCUUCGGGGCGAUGGGUAGAGCAAACAGCAACCCAAACCCGUUCGCAACGAAUACACAAUCAGCACAACCUGGCCCUGCCACAAGCAGCAGUCCCUUUGGGCAGCCGGCGCAGCAGUCGGCGACGCCCGAGGUGUCCAUGGACGCGUCCGGCCCUCCAGCGGCCCAGAACCCAUUUGCGCAAGCAAGUAACCCAUCCGCAGCUCCAGCAAACCCAUUUGGCCAGCCGGCGCAACCUGCGGCGUCAAAUCCCUUUGCCCAGGCAGCGCCAGCCAGUAAUGGCUUUGCCGCAGCAGCCAGGCAGCCCGCUGGCGCAACCCCUGGAGGCGCGAACCCGUACCCGCCAAACGCAACCAGGCAGCAUCCACCUUAUGAAAGCUACGCCAGAAAGGCACCCACGGGCCAGCUCCUAACAUUCAAGGGCAAGGAGGUCACAUACAAGAUGGUGGAGGAGAAGGGGGAAGCGCCAAAGCCGGUGCCGGGCAUUCAGAACUUUGACGGCAGCUGGACCAAGAUCUGGUUCCCGGAUGGCCCUCCGCCGUACUAUAAGGACACGGAGCCUGACCGGGCAUACACGGACGGAGAGAAGGCGGCCUACGAGCAGUUUGUGUCCACGGGCCGCUUCACCCUCGAAGCUGCGGGUGGCGGCGGCAUGCCUGAAGCUGCGCCCAUGAGGGAGUACUGCACAUGGGACUUGUGA